CGAACCAAUCAGAGAGGCCGCUUUUAAAAUCCAACGAUCCCCGAAAUUCAUAACCUUUCGCUUUCGAAGUUCUGAAGUUUUACACAGUUACAGUACCAUUUAAUUUCCCUCCUUUGUGUUUAUGACAUAUUUCUACCCUCUUCUCUACGCGUAAUGUGCCUUUACAUGUAGUGACUUUAAAAUAUGGAAGAGUCCAGUGAUUACGACAGCGAUAAGCUUAGGAAGGCCUCUAUUAGUAGUGACCAAAUAGAGGAUAGUGGUUACGGAUCUAACUUAUCAGAGCUGAGCGAGUCAUUUCCUCACCAAACUCCUGUCAAUUGUACACCUCAGUUUCAUCCCAGCAGUGCCAGCUUUGUGAGCUUUAGUGAUGUGAAAGAUCGUCAAGAAUUCUUACAUCCAUCCAACAGUUGUAGAUCUGACUUUCUAACACCCUUUCAGAAUGGUCCAUGUUCUAGUACUUCCUUUGCAAACUUAGGAAAACGUGUAAAUAUCAGUGAUGAAUUUCAAACUUUUCCUUCCUCAGCCAAGAGGAUUCGAAGCGAUUCUGAAGGGGAGGCAAACUCUACCUCAAAAGCAAGUUUUAAAGAUACCACUGGAUUAGCCGAACCAAAGUUCCAUGUCUCUACACCUUAUUGUGAAUUCAUAGACAAACUCAGAUAUAGUCCAAGUCCUAGUUCCAAUCAUAGCUUAUUUGGAGUAUCCCAUGUAGACUUCUUGUAUUUUUUAGGAGUUAAAAAUAUUCAUAAUCCAGUCUUGCAACGAAUAUAUUCUUACCUUUCUGAUCAUGAUCUCUACAAUGUCGCACGAGUCUCAAAAACAUGGCAUACUUUGGUCAAGAGCAACAACUCAACAAGGGAAAGAAUCGAAAAUUUUCUAAGGAAACCAUUGAAAGAAAAUAUCGUUCCUGGAGCUUCGCUUGCAAAAGUAUGUGAUGAUGAUGAGCUACCCGCAUCUCUCAUAGGACGUGUAAAGCUGAUGGAAAUUCAGAAUAGGACUGCUAAUCAUCAAAACGUUCAGAACCUAGGCAAAACUGCAUCGACUGAUAAAAGUCCUCCAGUGAGCCCCUCUAAAGUCCGUUUUCACCUAUUUCAGAAAGAAGCUCAGAAGUUGGAUCCUGGUGAGCAAUUAGUGCAAUGUCCUCGGUGCUCUUUACCGUCACGGCAAGAUAAAACCAAAAAUUUAGGUUUGUGCACUCGUCAGGGGUGUCAAUAUCAAUUCUGCUUGAACUGCCGUUGUGAGUUUCACCAACCUCAUUCAUGUUCUGUUUUAACCCCUCGAUACAGUAACAAAAAUAGCCUUUAUAUUAAUAGGAAAUCAAGUAGGAGGUUCCUUAGGCGCCUGUAAUAUUUUAUUGCCUCCGGUUAUUCUGUGAUACGUGUAAAAUUAUCUAGCCAGUGAAUAGCAGGCUUCUCACUGUCGGUUUUUGUUACCGGUUUUUUUAUAUUUUAAAUUAUUCAAGAACUUCUCUUGCCUUGUAUCUCUUAAGAACGUCACAUUUCUCCUGGAAAAAUUUGAAACAAGCAUUCCAUUUUAUCAUUUGAUAACAUCUACUUUUAACAAUUUUAUGAACUGAUAAGAAUUUUUUUCUAUUUAUGUUUUCUCAAAGAUAUUAGUAUUUUUUAUGUGUGUAUGUUUGCUUAAGCUCUUUCAAUUAGCUAGAGGGGAGAGCUAAAAAAUGUUGUCUCAAAGACAAUAAGUCCAAGACUGAAAUCCUUCCUCUGCUGUUUUGAAGUGAAGCUUCCUCCUUUUUCAUUUGUCAUAUCUCAUGAGUUCAUACUAUCUGGUUAUGUUUCUUCUUUUCUUUUCUUUUCUUUUCUUUCCUUUUUGUUGUCAUAAGAGAGAAACUUGUCUCGUUUCCACUUAUGGAGCAUCACAUCUUUGUUUCCCUCUUAUCCCUUAUUUCAAGUUUUUUCCUGAAGACUUGCCAUUUAGAAAGUUUCUCUCAGAAAUGAUAUUUUUAAAAGAUUGUAAUUCUUGCCAUCAUAUCUCUUCUAAUCUAACAGGAAAGAGCUAUACCAUUAAAUUACAUUUAGGAACUAUGCUAGCUUUGAAUAGAACUUCUUGUUAACCAUGUCAACUUUUAGCAGCCCACAAUAUGAUAUUUUAAGAUGCAUUUAAAAAUUUAUUAUUCCAUUUUAAAGCUGCGUUUGUUUCAGUUCUCUUUUCUAAAUACUCAAAACGUCGUCUAACAAGAGCGCUCUCUUUUAAAUGCUGUACAGAGUUUUCUGGAGUUGGAACUUUCAUUGAUUAGCUCGUCGUUAGUUUUUUUUUUUUUUCCUUUCUUAAUGAAGCUCGGAAUCUUGUAUUUUCUACACAUCCACACUCAUAAAAUACCAUGACAGUAAUUUAUAUUUAGUAGGCACAGUGGUGGAUGGAGGGCAAUUUUUUCAUUUCUGUGUUUUUUUAAUCGUGUGAUAAUGAAUUGUUGGUUGGGCUAUUAGAAAGUUUCUUCAACGAUACAUUCUCGGACUCAAGUGUCAUCACUAAAAUUGUUUUCAAAACUAAGGUGGUUUUUCUUACAGUUCAAAAACACACGCGCAAUUGUUCCCCUGUAAAAUAUUUCAUUGGCCCCGGACUUUUUCAGUAAUUUUGAAGUCAGUGCGUAUUUCCAUGUAUGAUGUGGGGAUCUUUUUUUUUCAUCCGUUUUUUUCGUUUAUCCUCUCCUGCAUUUCUGUAGUACAAAAGCUGGCCCAAAGAAACUGAGUGUUGGCCCAUUUAGAGGAAAUUGCUAAGGAAACUGGAAUGCAGCUUCUGUAAAGUUGCCUUUUUCAUUCCUGUCUAACGAGUCCUUAUUGAGCUCAAAUGGUCAAAAAUUCAUUUUUUACAGCGUUUUUCUAUAGUUAGUGAAAAAACUCUACAGAAUUCUUGAAAAAUUUUCAUUCUGAAAUGAGUGAAUGAAAAUUGACUCGAAAAUGACAGUGUUUGUUUUUUACGCUGUAAUAAAGCAAAUUCAUGACCGAUGGAGCUCAAUGCAGGAUCCUUAGAACAGUCAUGAAAUAAGCUACAAUAUGAAUUGUAUUCCGAUUUCUUCAAUAGUAUCUCAAAACAGACCAUCUACCAAUUUUUUGGGGACAGCCUUUGUAUAAGUAGCAAACUUCAAUGUUGGGCCUUCUUUUUCCUUUUUUUUUGUGACAGUAUUCUUUCAAUUUGAUCCAACCACUUUUCUAUGUUCACUCGCUCCAUCAAUCUACCAUUGUUUGUGAAAUUUUAUUUGUUUACCUGAUUAGCUCUUAUUUGUUUUAAGAUUGAGACUUAACAUACUCGUACAAAUUAUCUAUAACCAUCCAAUAUUUUUUGCAGGUGUCCUUAUGUACAUAGCGCUUAGUAUUAAGUACUUAGUAUUUAUUCUUUUACCGCCCCUUUGUAACAUUAUCCACACACUCCUUUGCGAUAUCGAAUUGAGUGUGGAACUGAAAGUAUCGUUAAUUGAUAAUUAAUCUGCAGGCAUGAUGUGAUAAAUCAUAUGGGUUUAAGUUGGUCCUCUCCCAUUGCUAUGAAAAUCAUUAUAUCAAUUUAAAAAUCUUAAACUUAAUGUAGCUUAUCAUCUAGGUAUUUCAAAUUUUUACGUUUUUGUAUCGGAAUAGUGCAGCGGUUGAUGUUGGAAACUAUGUAAUACAUUCCCAUCUAUUUCUCUUUUUAAGUAAGUAACUGUAUUAUUAACAAGAAGAUGCCUACAAAACCAAAGAAAGAAGAUAUAUAAAAUAACUUUAUUACUUUUUGAGGCUUACAAUUAGUUGUAAUUUACCAGAAGAGGGCUAAAAAUCAUGAGCAUACAACUACCAGUUUUUGUCAUCAUUAUCUCUUUUGGUCAUCAUUUUCCUUAAAUAAAAAACUUCAUGCCACCUCUAAUUAAUAAGGUGAAGUCAAUGGAUUCUAAGCCCUCUAGCAGUUUUUUUUUUCUUUCUCUCUUUCUUUCUCAUCUCUUUCUGAUAACUGAUGCCUAGAUUUGAUAGCAAGUUGACAAGUUAAUGAUUCUAGCCCUAUCAAUUUAACCACUAGGUAAUUUAAGGGAAAGAUGUUUUGCCAAUGUGAUUCAUUAAUCGUCAUAUUUUGCGGAGUUUAGAGCCGCAAACUCAUUAGUUCAAUGAACUGCAAGUCAAACUUUAACUGACUCAAAUGAAGUGCCAGAUUUUUGCUAAUAGAACCAGUGUAAUAUUUAAAGUUGUUCAUUCUAUCACAUGGGUGACUAAGUGCGAAAAAUGCCUAUCUCAAUCACAACAUUAAAAAAUCUCAGAUCAUGUUUUAUUUUCUUCAAGGAUUACAAAUCAUAAUGUUACCCUGAGAUCUUGUACAUUUUUUUUUAGAAUGGGUGAAAAAAAUCCCCAGAAAUUUACAAUAGAAAUUGUUGGUUAUUUUUCCUUUCAAAAAGUAAAACAUAAGUGGAGGUUUUACAAUGUCGCAAUCUGAGGUACGAAUUUUCGACUGCGGUCAUUGAUAUCUAAAAGCUUCAGCAAUUUGCACUCUUAGGCUUUCCACCAAGAUUACUGCAUGUUAUUAUAUAAUUGAAAUGGAGAUACGAAGUAAAAGAAUGAACUAUACAGGUUGAUCAACCACUUUUCGGCAGGACAUAAAGCGUUUAUUCAAUAAAGGCUGAAUCAUUAACUUACCAUCAGUAGAUCCAUCCGGUCAAUCCAACACACUUCUUUCUGAGGUUUUCAGCUCUUUUUAUGCAAUGACUCUUAAUUUGUGUACAUGCUGAUGGCUAUACCAGGUCCCAUUUUGAAAUCUUUCUUUGGUGGCUAAAAGUGAAAAAUGUCAAUAAUUAGCUCCUUUGUCAAGCCUCAUUUCUUGUUAAUCUCAGGGAGAAGACUAACUGCUCAGUCAAGUAAAGUAGCAUUAUCCUCUCAUUGUCAGUUGCAUUUCCUUUUUAAUCUCAGGUAUUGUAAUCAAAUACUCUCUUAAUACACACCGUACAAAUCUUUAAGUAAAGAAAUAAGUAUGUAAUUUUAAAAUGUCCUAUAGUUAAGAUUCACCAAGUCUAAUACUCAGCACCAAUACUGUUCAUUUGUUGCAAGCUUUUAUCCUCGAGAAGAAUUCUCUUCAACUUAAUCUAAGAUCUGAAAAGUUAUUUUUAGCCUUACGGUUUGUUAAACAAAAUAAUGUUAUCAACAGAUGCCAUCAAAUUCACUUUGAUCUUUAAUAGAACUUGUUCGAUUGUUGCUUUUAAUGAUAUUUUGAGCUUAAAUAUCCAUAAACUGACAAGGGGAGGUCAUGUAGUGUCCCCUCCAGAUUUUGAUCAGAGUGUGGCUGAAAGUAGUUUCCUCUUAAAAAGUUAUUGGACCCCCGUUUCAAAAAAACUUUAAUUUUGCUUUUAAAAGCUUUCUUAUUCAAGACCAUCAAUUUUGUAUGAGGACACUUUUGGCCAUGCUCCAAUCAAAGUCUAGGUGGGAAACCAGGUGACCUCCUGUUGUGAGUUCGUUAUUUGUGUUCAAUCGCUAGUCUAAUAGAUAGAGACAACUUUUAUCACCAAAAAUUUUGGUCAUCAGAAGUCAGUGAAUUAUAUCUGUGAUGAUAUUCAGACAUUAAAAAUUGAUAUUUUAAAGGCAUUUACAUGGUUAGAUCCUGCAGGUGAACUCGUUGAAUGAACAUUGGUUACAAAAAUGAACAAGUGAAUCGUUCAGUCAGUUAGUAUGUUUAUCUAACUCUGAAAGUUGAUCAACUCAGUCAUGAAGACUAUUUACUCUUUUUUGUCUCCGAGAAUUUCCCCUAAUUUCUGAAGUGCAAGCAGUGCCAUAAAAUUAUAUUUCAUAAAUCUUCAUUCUAUCAAAAGUUGAUAAGAUGAUACUUUCGUCUUUUUAUAUUUUUUAUUGAAAACUAAAUUUUAGCAUUUAUAGUUUUUUUUUUCCCCCAUUAGCUCAUGGGGAAGUUCAUUAACUUUUCUAGAAUGCGAUAGUCUUUAAAUAACAUUGGAUAAGUAGAAACGCAAUGUUAUCGAAAGUAAAUAAACAAAAAAUAAAUGAAAAAAUACCCCAUGCAAAUAAAAUAUUCCCAGAAGAAAUAAGAACCUCUUAAAAUUCUAAUGGGUCAGAAACUGUCAUACUAUUCUAAAUGAACUCACUGCAAAACCACAUGUAGAAAUAUUUUGUCGCAGCAGAGAUUGUCAAAAAGGAAUCUAAUGUACUGCAACUUAUUCCCUUGCAAGGAAAAUCCUUUUUUUCUCAGGAAGAGCUAACCUCAACUCAAAAUAGAUGUAAAAUUUUACUACAAUUGCAGCUUAUACUCCAGAAAAACAUUAACUUUAGCUUAUUCAUAGGAAAAUGAAGGACUUCCUAUGUAGAAGAAACAGUGUCAGGUACAAAAUCUCCCUUCUGACAACCUUGUUGACCAGCAUCUUAAAGUCCUCCCUUAGAAAAAAUUAAUGUAUACAUUCCCCAUGUCAACUCAUUUUGCUGGUUAGACACUUGAAGAAACAGGGGAAAAAAACACUAAAAAUGUGGCCCGUAUACUGUAAGUAAUAAUAAGGUUGUAGAAUAGUGCUGGGUCCACACUAAUCUGCAGGGAAAUCAAAGUAAAAAAAUCCAAAAAUUAGCAUUAGUCACAAAAUGAAUUCUAAUGAGUUGUUCUAUGUAUGUCCAUUGAUUUUGUGACUCUGAUGCUAAUUUUUUUAUUUUUUGCCCUUGAGUUACCUGCUGAAAAGUGUGGACCCAGCACUAUUCUACCAUCUUUUUACUGCUUGAAGAGCUGAGUACUUAUUUAUGGAUAGAAAUAUUCAUAGCAGUCCUCAAGGAAAUAAUCUCAUACCAACCUUUUCAUUGUAAAGGAGGAUUCAGUCAUUCUCUUUUCUAGUUUUUUGCGACUGGAUUCGAAAGUCUCUUAUGAGUUGGUAUUGAUAUCAGUAGGUUUCCUGGUGAAGUCAAUGCCAAAUAAGUUUAGCCACAUUAUAAGAGCCAGAAAUGUUAUCUUCAUUUUAGCAUUUUUUUAAAAAAAAAACCCAAAAUUGCAGUCUUUUAAUUUAAUUUAUAAGAGAGCAGACUUACUUAGUGAGGACUCUUAAGGAUUUUUGAGAGGAAAGUGUCUCAUGGCAAGUGAUCAUCAAAAUUACCCAAGAAGCCAGGCUUUAAAAUUAAGUACAGUCAAUGGUUGUCAUUGCAUCAGAAGUGGAAUUUACUAUCACUGAACUCAAGUCAUAAUAUUGGUCCUAAAAUUUAAUUUGGAAUAAGGUGUGUUUGAACCAUCCAAAAAAAAAAAAAACAAUUGAAAAGAGGUCACCCAUUAGCUGUUUUUAGUAAGGUGUCUACUGUAUUCCUUGAUAUGAGCUUGUAUGAUUUUAAUUUUCACUGAUAAAUACUCAGUUACUUAAGUGCACUUAGAAGAGACAAUACAUGACUUUUAUUAAGUAACUACAUACCUACUCAUGAUAAUAGUAGAAAGAGUUUUUCAUUUUCUGUAUACCUGCCAUUUUUACCUGUUGUUAUUUUAAUUACUUCCUUUCUCUUCCUUUGUAUUUCGGUCAAUUUCCAUUUUUACACCUUUGUUAUUAAACUACCAAACGGUGUGAAUUGUCCUUAGUGUGUUGAAAGUAGCACAUUGAGAUGAAUUCACAGUCUGUCAUUCUGUGUAACUUUCGAAAUUUUGGAAGUGGCUAAGUAUGAGUUUUAUUUAAGCUAUUUUAAAAAUGUCAGAUCCACACUAAGUAGUUAUACAUUGUGAGAGAAUUCAAUGAUGUUUUAAUGUGAAAUAUCUGAAAAAUGAAGGUGAUAUAGAAGUGGAAAAAAUUUUAUUGGUUGUCAAUUAAUUUGGUCAAUUAUAAUCAAAAAGAAUAUGUUUAGUAACUUAAUCAAUGGUCAAUCAAUUAAUUUUUUUUCGCUGAAUUUAACGCUUUAUCUAUCAAAUAAAGCAAUACAUAAAGUGAAUAAAACUCACAAUUAGUCGCAUCUCAAAAUCAUGGCAAUAUGCCGCCCUACCAGCCCUGGAUUCACUUUUUCUAAAUUUUAAAGUUUAACUCUGUGGGUAGAAGUUAAAACUAUAGUGUCUCAUAAACAUGGGUUCAGAAAAACUGAUUAUUUUUCCCCCAUCAUAUCCUUGCUCCCUCCCGUAGCUCAGGGAGCUAAUUUCGGACCCAUGCUCUUAUCGGAAAAGAGUGUGUUUUUAGCCGCAAGAAUCAACCGUUAAAUAUUUCUGCGUUCAAAUUUGGACGUACCGUGUUAGAGCUUUACUUUUCUUCCCUUUUAGUUCUAAGAGUUAUCCCUUUUUUAAUUUUUGUAAAAACUUAAAAUUUGUUUAAUAUAUUUUUGUACUUUCCAUGUUUGAAAUGUUGUUGUAAUUUUUAGUGUUUUGAAAUAUGAGAUCAAUUUAAUAAGUCAAA